GAGGAUCUAGCUGGCAGGAUCCCUGACAUUAGUAUCGCUCUGUGGCUGCCUGCUGUCUCGAGCCAUGGCUGCACAGCUGGUUGUAGCUCUGCUGGCUCUCACCUCCCUGGGUGCCGCAUCUGAACUGGACUGUAAAGAGCUGGUUAAGCCUCUGGUACUGGACAGCCACAGCCCCAUCUAUGGGAAGUGGGUGCUGCAUGUGGGGUCGUGGGACGAGCCAGGCCUGAAAAGUGACUUGGUGUCAGUGAACAGCUCCUGGGUGGAGCUGUCGGCUUCUUCAGACAGCGGACUCAUCACUAUCUACUGGGCCGACCGUUUAACUGAAGAUAAGUGCCUCCAGGGUUUAGCUAAUGCCACCGUCACAGGAAUGACCAGUCACACCACUUUUAAUAUCAAUGGCCACACUUCAUAUCACGAUGGGAAAUACUAUGAGACUUGUUCUGACUGCCUCCUGUCUGAAGACACUACCCUCCUCCCUGAUGGAAAAUCAAAGGGACGGUACCUAUUCCUCUUCACACGGACCGGCAAUCUGGAGGCGUCUGAAUUGGAGACCUUCAAGAAGCAGGCAGAGUGUCUUAAAUUCCUCCCAGAGUACCACUUUACAGGCACAGAUCUGUGUCCAGAUGUCAGAGAAGCUGCUGCACCUGCUGCCGAGAAUACAGAGAGUGAUCAAACUGCUACUGAGCCGACUGCAGAGUAAAGCAGAGCACAGACGUGUUGUAGCCCCCUGAACAGCCCGAACAAAUCCAGCUUAACAUAUACUAAAUAAUGUUGUAAUGUGAUCUGCAUGUGCACUGAUAUAUAAUGUUGUGCCGGGGAGAUACUUCUCAUUUGUUGUCAGUUUUAGCAAAGGCAAUAAAUUCAAGAUGAUGGUGUCGUGUCAUGUUUGAUCUGUGGUCAGUAAUGUGUUGGUGGUGGUAUUUGGUUGAAAUGUGCAGUCUUAUCACUGUGUAGGACAUGUGAAAUCUGAUUAGUAUUUGGUACAAUGGUGGCUGACAAAUGCACUUAAAUGCCUCAGUUAUUGUAAAUCAAUUUAGUUUGUAAAAAAGUAGAUAACUGUUAUCAACUGGUUGUAUAAGGUAAAUAAAACAGCUUUCAGUCUCACUGUG